AUGCAGCAGCAGCUACUGCGACCAGCGCUGCAGCAGCACAACCAGCAGCCCGUGCUCGACCAGCAGCAGAGCUGCAGCAGCAUCGCCCACAACAGCACUACAUAUGUGGACACCAGGAGCUGCAACAGCAAGCAGCAGGACCUGCAACAGCAGCAGCAAACCAGGAGCGGCGCUUGGGCGCCGUCCCAAACGCCCUGA